AUGUUUUCUCUGUUACUCCAUGGAAGAAGCUCUGUCAUCGAGUUGCAGAAAUUGCAUAAUUCGAGUAAUCUAGUGAAACUUUUGCAAAAUGUGUUUGCUUUAUCAAAUUCGUACUACUCUGCUUCUGCUGCCGCUGCUGAUGAUAGUAGCCAUAGAGAUGGUCGAAAAGGUAAGACUUUUACAGUCUCUUACCUCGUUGAAUCACUGGGUUUAACCACAAAGCUCGCGGAAUCAAUCUCAAGGAAAGUCAGUUUCGAGGAUAAACGAAAUCCAGAUUCUGUUUUGAAUCUUUUCAAGAGUUACGGAUUCACAGAUUCUCAGAUCUCCAGCAUCAUUUCGAUUUACCCAGGACUGCUUAUAGCAGAUGCUGAGAAAUCUCUUGCUCCCAAGCUUCAGUUUCUGCAGUCGAGAGGAGCUUCAAGCUCUGAGCACACUGAGAUUCUGUCAAAAGUUCCCAAAAUCUUGGCGAUCGAGAAGAAGAAAGCUUUAAGCGUAUACUAUGAUUUCGUCAAAGAGAUUAUAGAAGCUGAUAAGAGCUCAAAGUUUGAAACUUUAUGCCAUUCUUCUCUGCCAGAAGGUAGUCCACAGGAGAACAUAAUCAGAAACGUAUCAGCUUUGAGAGAAUUGGGUGUGCCUCAGAAGCUGUUACUCCCAUUGCUCAUCUCUGAUCAUUCACUUGUCUGUGGAGAAGAGAAAUUCAAAGAAUCACUCAAGAAGGUUGUUGAGAUGGGCUUUGAUCCAACCACUUCAAGGUUUAUCCAAGCUCUACGCGUUGUUCAGAGACUAAGCAACAGAUCGAUAGAAGAGAAAGUGGAAGUCUAUAAAAAGUUAGGCUUUUCUGUGGGAGAUGUAUGGGGGAUGUUCAAGAAGUGGCCAGUCACUCUAACACACUCGGAGAAGAAGAUAAGUCAAGCAUUUGAAACGUUGAAGAAGUCUGGACUAUAUGAAGACGAGAUCCUCUCGGUGUUCAAGAAGUUUCCGCAGUGUAUUAGCUAUUCAGAGAUGACGAUUGAGAACUCCAUUGGGACACUACUAGGGUUAGGAUUUAGUAGAGAUGAGUUAAUGUUGAUGUUCAAGCGUUAUCCUCAGUGCAUUGGGUUGUCUGCAGAGUCGAUGAAGAAGAAGACUGAGUUUCUUGUGAAGGAGAUGAAUUGGCCGUUAAAGGCUGUGGUUUCAACUCCUGCGGUGCUUGGAUACAGCUUGGAGAAGAGGACUGUUCCGAGGUGUAACGUAAUUCAAGCUCUCAUGGGGAAAGGAUUGCUUGGAAGCGAACUUCCUCCGUUGUCUCCUGUGUUGGCGAUUACUGAUGAAGCUUUCUUAGAGAAGUAUGUGAGGAAUCAUGAUGGCAAAGAGCUUGUGGCUGAGUUGAUGGCGAUUUUCACGGGAAAGACGAGAAAGAAACAGAGAAAGAUUCGGUAUAAUGAAGAGGGUUCGUAG